CGCUAUGGCAAACAUAUUCGCAGUAAAAUGGCGCUGUCUGGAGGGGCGGAUAGAGGAUCACACAGCAUGGAUAAAAGCAUUACACUCCCUCCCGAUGAAAUCUUCCGCAAUUUGGAGAACGCCAAGAGGUUCGCUAUAGAUAUAGGUGGCUCUUUGACAAAACUGGCCUAUUAUUCCACUGUUCAGCACAAAGUUGCCAAAGUCAGGUCAUUUGAUCAUUCAGCAAAGGUAAGCUUGCAGGAAACAGAUGGUGACCCUCUUUAUGAGAUAUCUGUACAGGAAGAGAUUACUGCCCGUCUUCACUUUAUCAAGUUUGAGAAUGCUUACAUUGAAACUUGCCUGGAUUUCAUUAAGGUCCACUUGGUUAACACGGAAACCAAAGUUAUCAAAGCUACUGGUGGAGGAGCGCACAAGUUCAAAGAUUUGAUAGAGAAAAAGUUAAAGCUAAAAGUGGACAAAGAGGAUGAAAUGACUUGUCUGAUUAAGGGAUGCAACUUUGUUCUGAAGAAUAUCCCCCACGAGGCUUUUGUGUAUGCCAAACACGCUGAUUCUGAAUUCCGGUUCCAGAAUACACACCCAGACAUCUUCCCAUACCUGCUUAUAAACAUUGGAUCUGGAGUCUCAAUAGUAAAGGUUGAAUCAGAGGAAAAAUUUGAACGUAUUGGUGGCAGCUCUAUAGGUGGUGGCACUUUUUGGGGUCUUGGAGCUUUACUCACAAAAACUAAGAGGUUUGAUGAACUUUUGCAGUUAGCUUCCAAAGGACAACACACAAAUGUGGAUAUGCUUGUUAAAGACAUCUAUGGAGGUGCUUAUGGGUCCCUGGGUUUAACUGGUGACCUCAUUGCAAGUAGCUUUGGGAAAUCAGCCACCACAGACAAAGAGUUCUCCAAAGAAGACAUGGCAAAGAGCCUACUGCACAUGAUAAGCAAUGAUAUUGGACAGCUGGCCUGCCUCUACGCCAAACUGCAUAACCUUACCAGAGUCUAUUUCGGAGGAUUCUUCAUUCGAGGACACCCCGUCACCAUGCACACCAUCACCUAUAGCAUCAACUUCUUCACUAAGGGGGAGGUCCAGGCUUUGUUUCUAAGACAUGAAGGAUAUCUUGGUGCUAUUGGGGCCUUUUUGAAGGGGGCUGAAGAAGACAACCCUAACCAGUACAGCUGGGGAGAGAAUUAUGCUGGCAGCUCUGGUCUCAUGAGUGUAUCUCCAGAGUUAAAUCCUGUGCAGCGGGCUCGUAGCGGAACGUUCGACAUGUUGGAGAUGGACCGCCUGGAGAGGCAGCUAGUGAACCUCCCCCUGCUGCAGGACCCAACCUCUUAUAUUCCAGACACAGUGGACUUGACUGAGGAUGCUUUGUCUCGAGAUUACUGGCUCUUCUGCUUUGAGGAUGCAUUGGAUGGGGUGGUGAAGCGAGCUGUGGCUAGCCAGAAAGACCAACCAGAGGCUGUGGAGAGGGCAGAAAAGUUUCGGCAGAAAUACUGUCACAAACUCCAGACUCUUCGGCACCAGCCUUUUGCUUAUGGAUCCCUCACCGUCAGAAGUCUUUUAGACACAAGAGAACACUGUUUAAACGAGUUCAACUUUCCUGACCCCUACUCUAAGAUCAAGCAGAAAGAGAAUGACAUGGCCCUGAAAUACUAUCUGAAGGUGGUGAAGUCAGUAGAGGAACUGAGCUGGGAGCAAAGACAGUUCACUUUGGUCAAAGGCCUCCUGGCCGGCAACGUUUUCGACUGGGGAGCCAAAGCUGUGUCAGAUGUGCUUGAAUCAGAUCCAGACUUUGGGUUUGAACAAGCAAAACAACAAUUACAAGAGAGGCCAUGGCUUGUGGAUGCGUACAAUCAAUGGAUUGAGAGAAUGAAGGGUCCUCCUCAUAAAUGUGCAUUGUUUUUCGUAGAUAAUAGUGGAAUAGACAUUAUUCUUGGGGUUUUCCCUUUCAUUAGAGAACUCCUCAUCAGAGGCACAGAGGUUGUGCUUGCCAGUAACUCAAGCCCUGCCCUAAAUGAUGUCACUAACAGUGAGCUGCAGAUCCUGACUGAAAGAAUAGCCGCCAUGGACCCGGUCAUUCAGGCUGCACUCAAAGAGGACAGACUUGCUUUGGUGCAGAAUGGUUCUAGUUCUCCUUGUUUAGACCUGAGUCGCCUGGACAAAGCCCUGGCCACAGUCGUCAGGGAGCGUGGCACGGAUCUGGUGAUCAUUGAAGGUAUGGGUCGGGCCAUCCACACUAACUACUAUGCCAUGCUCAGCUGCGAGAGCCUUAAACUAGCCGUCAUAAAGAACUCCUGGCUGGCCGAGCGUCUUGGAGGCAAGAUCUUCAGUGUAGUCUUCAAGUACGAGGUCCCUCCAAAAUCUUAAGAGCAACAUUAGAGAAACGGAGUUUUUUAGAGGUGAAAUGGCUAGCUCCAGAAAGAAAGAGCACUACUUGGUCCUCUUUGCUUCUUCUUGAUAUUGACGUAAUGAUUGUAUUUCAGGGUUUUCUUUUGCUUCAUUAAAAAAAAAAAAAAAUCAAUUAUAAAGGGGUGGUCGUAUGUGCCUGCUCUGAAAUUGAAUGUGCACGGCUGCUGUAACCUCCCUCGUAACAAUUAGAUGACAGCUGUAGGGGCUUUUUCUUUUGAUGAGAUUGAAUUUUAUUGUUCUCAGACCAGAUUUCUGUUGCUGAAUGAUUCUCCAUUGGAUUCAGGAUGGAUUGCAAUGACAAAUAUAUCAUUUUAAGUUUUGAAUUACAAGUGACAAAUGUAACAUUUCAAGUUGUGAAUUAGCCCUAAUCCUGCUGGCUUUAACAAUGUAUUUAAAUGUAUAAGCCUGGUAAUUAAAAAUGGGUCUUUCUUUUGUAACAUCGAUAAAAAUCACAAAGAAUAUUGGCUUUUUAAUUUCAUUGCAGACUUAUUUAGAUGACGUAUUUUGUGUAUUUCCUAUUUUGACAAGCAAUCUGGUUUCAAAUGUAACUGUUAUGUUUGUAUUAUUUCACUCACUGUUUUUGUUGUUGCCUUACUGAAUCAUAUCUCAUCCAGCUGGCAUUGUCUUUUAAUGACUUGCUCUUCUGUUCCCAUGACAACAUUUUGGAGUGACAAUGAUUUUCUGUUAUUUUAAUACAUUAAUAGUGGUGACCCAACUAAAGUGAAUAACAAAAGCUUCCUGCACAAAAAAAGCAUGCUUGGUUUUUGGCAAAACCGAGUAACUUUAUGGAUUCAGAUUUUUUCUUCCAUUGUCUUAUUUCGAUAGAUAAAAUGGUGUAACUAUUUUAACAAACUCAGAUAUAGACAAAAGACCUUUUCUGAGUUGUGUAUCAUUAACACUAGGUGUCAGUUUUUAGUCCUAUACAAAUAGCUUUCUUGAUAAAGGCAAAUGCUAAUGUGGUAGACUUUCAAGAUUAUUUCUCCCUCUCUUUUUUUAUUUUUCUUUAAUUUAUCGGUCGUAGGAGAAAAUGACAUGGAACAACAGAUCCUGCUUAAGAUAUUGCAUCAUUAUAUUUUACUGCAACUAUUCUCAUAUUUGAUGCAGCUCUCGCUUUCUACAAUCUGUGGAAAUCUUUGUAAUAUAAAAUCCAUUUCAGGGUUGUACAGCACAGCAUUGCCUCACUAUCACAGCUCUUUCUGGAUGGGUGAGAGACAGAUCGAGUUUGUGUGUAUGUGAAAGAGAAAAAGUCAAUUUUAAGAUAAUCUAUACCACAAUCAUUAGUUUGUGGGAACUAAAUGUUAAAGCACAAUAUUUCAGGGAUAUGUCACAGAGUAAGAAUCGCAGCGAUUUUUUUUUCUUUUCUUUUUUAUCAUUCUGAUUAAUUGGUUAAUUUUCUCAAUGUAUAUUUUAUCUUAUGUGUUACUGCAUUAUUUACGUGUGUGUGUGGCCCCCAAAAACCAAAAUGUGUCAUAAAUUGCAUACAAAUUGACAAGCUAUAAUGUAUUUUAAGCACAGUAUUUACGCCAUCGUUCUGACUAAAGGUUUAGUACUGAUGGUCUAGACUCAGUCAAUCAGUCGGGUGGUAGCUUUCAAAAUAUGCUCAUCAUGGACAUUGUGAAAACAAGGAUCUCUCUCAGACUAAAUCUGUUUGUACAGUCCUCGUUUAUCAUCUGGCCAAAGGCUAACUUCCUUUAGUAAUGCAUACAUUUUGUGAAAUACUGUAAAAUCAAGUGUAAAUAUACCGUAAACUUGUACUUAAAAUGUACUGUUUAUUUGCCUUUAUCUUGAUGCAUUCUCAAGAUUUCAGAAAAUUAAUACUCACUUGACAAUCACAUGUAAUUCUAUGUCAAAUAUAUUUUACACUGUCUUCACUCAGUUUGGGUCUCUUUAAUCUCUGUAUUUGUAUUUGCAAAAAUAAAAUGUUACCCUCUUUAGUA